UGAAGUGUAAACCCCAUUCUUCUUUCUCUGUCUUCUCUCUCGUCUUGGUUAAGCUCUCAGAUGGCGGUUGAAGCCAAUUCAAAUCUUCUCCUCCUCCCAGAAUUCUCCGAUUUCAUACCAUUGGGCGAUUUUAUGACUACUAAGCCAAGGUUGGCCGGACAGAGCAUUCUCCCAUUCAAUAGAUCUCGGCCGUUGAAGACUGCGGUGAAUGUCGGCGCCGGGAAUAGUCAUCGGCUUCAGGGGAAGCGAUCUAGAGAUUCCCUCGAUCUCUAUAAUCCUUCCCCUGUUUUCGCCUCUGCCAAGAACACACAAAUCGUGAAGCAUCAUGCGAAGAAACUGAGGAUGGAAUUGGAUGAGAGGCAGAAAGGGAUCGAAGAAGGGAUGUUGAAGAAACUGAGGGAGAAAGACGAAGAGAUCCAAAGAAUGAAGGAGAGGGUGAAGAUUCUGUGCGUGGAGAAUCAUUCCCUCCGAACCAAUCUGGAGCAAGUCCUCGCCCACGUCGCCGCCGACGACGAGCGCGUCUCCGGCCCCGCCGUCGCGCCGGUGGAGGAAGACGCUGAGUCCUGCUGCGGAAGCACCGAUCACGGCCGUGGAGAAUCGAGUGUGUUGCUGCUGUCGUGUCGCAGGGCCGGAUUUUAGGCUGUGCAAGCUGGGCUACCGCACAGGGCCCCCAAUUUUAGAGGGGCCCCAAA